GACGCAUAGUUUCCGGCCUGAUGAACGAAAACACAGCUGAAGACUGAAAGGCGAAGAGAAGAAGCGGAGAUUCACGAACUAUUCACCGUCGCAGCUUUCUCACUUUCAUCUGUAAUUUACCUGAGACAGACAUGACAUCUGUUUGCUGAACUGGUCCACCUUAAGCCACAGCUAGCACCAAACAUUGGUGUGCAACUUCCCAGCGAAUCAGACUGAUCCGGCCCCAUCACCAUGGAAACAGAAACGGAAGUCAUUCCUAUCUGGCAGAAUAAGCCCCAUGGAUCCACCCGUAGUGUUGUCAGAAGAAUAGGUUCUACUCUCCCACUCAAACCUCCACAAAGAGCAUGUUUCCAGGAACUACCAGGCCUACCCUCUCUUCGGCCUAUGACUGGCCCUAUGGUUCCUACCUUGGCAGACAUAGCCUGGAUUGUUGCAGAUGAAGAGGAGACCUAUGCUCGAGUACGGAGCGACUCACGCCCUCUAAAGCAUGAAUGGCGGCCCACGCCCCUGCUGGUGCUCCACAGGAACUCAUCUGUGCCUAACUUCCGCCGUGAAGGCAAAAGGAUGGAGGGACUGAAGAAGCCCGGGGCCACAGCGCUAAAUCGAACAACAGCCCUGCAGGACGAGCUAACUAGACUCCGAUCACAGAUUGCCAAGAUUGUGUCAAGCGAUUCUGGCUCCAACCCCAUAACUCCUGACCUGCUCUCCCCCGACGACACGAGCAUGAGCUUCUCCAUGGCGCCUUUCGAGACAGCAUCCUUCCCGCCGGCUGCCACAGCUGCUGCCUCCUUUGUCAUCAGUGACGUCACAGAGGAGGAAGAAGAGGAGGACGAUGAUGAAGAUGAUAAAGAUGUGGUUUCUGUGGUGUCAGAGCUGAUCCCUGACCCACCUGCUUCCAUGACGGCAUCAGCGACCUUUGACCUAGACAGGCCUAGCAUGGACUUCCGGGAGGCUGAAGAGGACACGGUGUCGCUGUCAAAGUCCACCAGCUUUGCUGACGUGAUGGACAUUCUGAAGGACAUGAACCGCAUGAAGAUGAGCAAAGACAGGUACAACAGAGGCUGUACGUCCCUGAGAGAGGAGGACUCAGCAAUUCUGAUCUCCGAGGCUUUGAGGAAAAAGUUUGUCUUGAAGGAAGAAGAUUCAGCUGCUGGGAAUCGGAAGUAGCUCGAUUGCAUGUUUGCCAUAACCACCCAAUCCUGCUGUUCAAUGCCUUUGCCUGUGGAGUAUGUACCCAUGGAUCCACAACCUUGCUCCUCAAACCCAAGGCAAUAGCUGUCCGCCAGAAAAACACUUUGUCCCAGACUUUCACAACCAAAUGUGAACUUCACAGUGCAGUAAGAGGGGGAACAGUCCUCUCCUGAUAACAAUAAUCUGUUUCAGCACUGCAUUGCAUACUGCAUUUAUUGUAAUUCCCCCUGGGAAAAAAGGCUUAUGUUCAAACCUAUUUUCAAUAACGACUCAACAGACUGGUGCCAGUGCUGUCCAGUAACGUGGUCUGUGCAAAUGUGGAGUGUCGUGUCAUAAAACGGUGCUGAAGGAUGCGCUGAAAGAUGCAAAUAGAUGUUUUAGUUUUUUUUCAGUUGAGUCCUCUCAAAUACUUGAACAUAUUUCUCAAGAGGAAACCAGUCUAAUGCACUUGCAGAGAUGUAGUGCAUCUUAUUGACCGUGUGUGUGUGUGAGGAAAUACAAGUUAUAUUAUAUUGCUGAGUUUCCAAAUGCGCACAGCAUCGUGUGCGUUGCUUGUUCCACUGCACCUCUUAUGCCUGUCUGCUUGUGUGUGAAUAGCAAAUAGAGUGACAGUCACUCAAACUACAGGGCACUGAUGAUAUAGUUUGAAGUGUGAACUCUGUUGUGUAUAAAUCAAUGGAUGUGUGUGAUUUAACAGUGCGCCCUCCUGUGUUUGCAUCUUUUUUUGUAUUUCCAGUAAAGGCAACAAUUGAUACAAGCAUCUGCAGGUCUUUUAUAUAGUAACUUCCUCUUGUGUUUAAAACAUGCUAAUUGAGACCACUUUUAAGAUGUUUCUUACGUGACAUCAGAGAGGUGAUUUUUAGUUUGAGCAGAGAUAACUAAGCUAUAUGUAGAGGCGUGAUCACACGUACACAAAUGUGACGAAGUGACAAACCUUCGCCUUCCUUUCACUUGCAGUUUGCCCAGAUCUGUGCAAGUGAGGGGGUGAAUAAAACAUGUGUGGCUUCGUGUGGGCUUCAGCUUUGGUGACCCAUGAUAUUCUCUCUUCAUUUGCGUAUAUAUGUGACAGUGCCCAAUGAACUCUGUGAAAUGUCUGGAAAAAGUGUGUCCGGACUUUUUCAGACGUUGCCUUUUCUCUUAUGAAGAACGCAGAAGGAGAUUGUUUGGGUCAGACGCUCUCGAAUCGCAUUGUCUUUCCAACUUGUUGUCUUUGGUGGCAUCUUCUACCUGAAUGGCACUUCAUUUUCAUCAUAAGAUAAUUGUAUUAUCACAUUAUUUUGUUUGUCACUCUCACUCUGACAUUUUGCAGACAUUUUACUGAGGGGUUGGGAGGGAGAGUUCCAGAAAAUGUCCGGAACAACUGACUUUGACAGUGUGUUCUCGCACGCAGCCCCCUUGCAAAACUUGUCCGGAUUUCAGUGCAUGUCUGAAAGCAGCUUUACGAAGCUUUCACAUUGUAAAGCACAUCAGUGUGUUUUGUGUGUGUGUGUGAGAGUUGUGUCACAAUGACUAUUGUUGUUGACGACUUACCACAGAUCUAUUGCCUGUUCCAAUGCCUCAUUUUAUUCCCUUAUUAGCUCCAAGUGCCAAGGGUUUGUUUUAAUCAGCCCACCCUUCAACGCCUGAGCCUUUUUCCUUUUAUUCCUGAAUGUGCCCUCCAGUUCCACAUGUCUUCAUCCAAACAAUGAACCACUUUGUUAAGAAUCAGCUGCGAGUGUUUAUUUAUUGUUAAAAAAUUACAACUCACAAAAAACCUACUUGCUGUUUUGUCCGAUUUACUUCAACCCAUGUCACUCCUAUGUUUCAUUUAUCAUGUGUUUUCCUACACGACUGAGAAUCGUAUAGUUUAGUUUUGCAGUGCGAAAAGUAACUACUUAUGUAUGUGUUGAGCAAGAAGGUGCCCAUCUGUGUAUCAUUGUGUUCUUUGAAGUUGACAUUUUGUUUUGUCUUGCUGGAGUUUAUCUUCAACAAUUCUCCUGAAUUAUUCCUCAGUUCGUUUCCCGAUCAGUCAAAGUGGAGAAAGUUAAUACCCGAUGAGCUGAAAUGCAAAAUGCGAGUUUAAAUUUGUUCAUCCUAUGUCCUGUACUUGAGAUGGUGGAAGUUGCCCAACAACCGCAACCAGCUGCAUCUCUGUUCCAGAUCAAGAACUGAACGGGAAAUUGAGGAUUGACUGUUUCUGUGUCCCUUUGAGCAUUUGUCACCAUCGUACCUCUGUAGGGUUCAACCCACCACCUGUAUGUUAUUGUUUUUUUUUUAUUAUGUAUGGACUUGUAAAUAAAGAUGGGCUGAAGUUUUGAAACAAA